UUCCCAGACUUCACUGACCCUGGGACACAGGCUUACUGGGAGCAGAUGCUUUCCAAGUUCAGAGAUCUUGUUGAAUUUGAUGGUCUGUGGAUUGAUAUGAACGAGCCUUCGAAUGAGCUGGAUGGAUCUACAAAGGGAUGUCCUGUCAACUCGCCACUAGACCAUCCACCGUAUAAAACCCAUGUUAGCGGAGAUAACUUGUACUCAAGGACUCUGUGUAUGUCAGCAAAACAUCAUAGCUACUCACAUUAUGAUGUGCAUAGCUUGUAUGGACUCACGGAAAUGGAGCAGACAAUGAGGUACAAUAUCACUAGCAAUGCUAACAUGAUUUUUAUANGCCAGCUGGUUUGCCUCCGGCCAGUUGGGAUUCUUAACCCUGUUAUGUUUUAUUUGAAUUAUUUGUUACAGUAAUUUGCUUGGCCCCACUAGAAUAUAAAGUGCUAUAAAUACUGCCGAGGGUAAAUAAAUGAAUUAUUUAUUUAUUAAUUUUUAUAAACCCUUUCAUAUAAAGUUACGAUUUACAGACAGAUGGUCUGUUCACUGUUCACAUCUUACCACUGGGAACUUAAAUCUCACCGCUUUUAAGCAGUAACAUGUUCAGUGCGUUAAAAGCGGAAGUGUAGAAUAGGCAUGGACUAUCUGAUUUUAAAAGGUUACAUUUGAAACAGUUACCAAUCAUUUAUUUCAGUGGGGAAAAAUUUUAACGAACAAAGCUUCCUAGGUUUGUGCAUGAGUUAAAAGAAGAAAGAUACAGACGGCCUUAAAAAAUGUAUCUUUUUUUUACCUAGAUCGCGACGUUUUGACUUCUAACUGACAUUCGUCUUUAGUGGAUAAAGUACACAUUUAAGUUAAAUACCCUCCUCACAGUAGUCUGAAAUGUCGUACAUCUCCACCCUCUAACCCGAGGGGGGAGGGGGGGAGGGAAAGACUCUCUCUCCCCGGCGCCCCCACGGGUUAGGGGGGUGGAGACGUGUGACAUUUCAGACUAUCCUCACAGAUGAGGGUGACACGUCCCCUUCCUCAUGAUUCACGCAAAAGUAUUUAAUUCAUAAAUAGUCACGAUGAAUAAAUAACGCUCUCUAGUGAUUAUGACUAGUGAGCUUUGUUUGUUUACUGCCGUUGUGUGAUUUUUUCCUUGUCUCUUUCAGCGCACUUAAAAAACUCUUAGGAAAACGAAGUGUGGUGAUAUCUCGAUCAACAUUUCCCAGUGCUGGCCUGCAUGGUGGACACUGGCUGGGUGAUAAUACCGCCACAUUUAACGACCUUUAUCUUUCAAUACCAGGUGACUUAACAUUACAAAAUUAUAAGCAUUUCUCUAAUUUUAAUUGAUCGUCAAUAAAAAUGAUAGAACAAGACCUAAAGCCUUCAUGAUAGUUUUUUUCGCUGAUAUUUUUUUUUUGGAUCGCGAAAAUUACGAAACGUUAUCAGGAAAAUAAGUAAGAAAGGUAUCUUCCCUUCAGUGAUGCUUCUAUGUUCCUCACGGUAGUAAAACACAUUUUUAUCACGAUUGAGAUCUGCGAGGCUGAAGGCAGGCGUUUAGAUUUGUAGUAGAUUAUAGUGACAAAUUUCCCUUGAGCGAAAUCAGGCACUUUUUGUAGUGUGUUAAGUCUCUAGUUUGUGCACGGUGACUGCCUGCGUUCUUUUAGCAUAGUUCUUUAUUUAAUGUUUUAUUACAUCCAAUCAUUAGGAAUCUUGAAUUUUAAUCUGUUCGGCGUUCCUCUUGUUGGA